AUGAGUCCAGUUGAAAUCAUGCUCAGUUUUGUCUUCUCCUCUCAGACUGCCAUUGGGCUUCUGGGAAAUUCCUUCCUUGUGUUUCUCUUCACGUUCAUAUUCCUAACUGCACAUAAACUGAGGCCCAUAGAUACAAUACUCAUACAGCUGGCUUGGGCCAACUCCUUGAUGCUCCUCUUCAAGGGUAUCCCUCAGACGAUUGCAGCUUUGGGCCUAAAGAACUUCCUGGAUAACUUUGGCUGUAAAAUUGUCUUAUACCUUUACAGAGUAGCUCGUGCUGUUUCCCUGAACAUGACCUGCCUCCUGAGCAUCUUUCAGGCCCUCACUAUUACUCCUAGGACUUCCAGAUGGCUAAGGCUUGAAAGCAGAACCACAAAGUACAUCAUCCUCUGCAGCCUUCUCUGCUGGAUAUCACAUUUGAUGAUAAAUAUCACUGUUCUUGUGAGAAUUAAAGGGCCAGUGGUCUUCAGAAACAUCUCAAACCUACUGGAUUAUGGGUACUGUUAUACUUCCAUGAUCCCUAUAAUUAAUGCUGCACUGAUCGCAAUUCUGAUCUGUCUUCCUGAUGUUGCCUGUGUAGGGUUCAUGGUCUUUGCUAGUGGCUACAUGAUGUUUUUCCUGAAAAGGCACCACAAAAGGGUACAACGCAUCCAUAUGUCUAGUCUUUCUCCAGCCUCCCCUGAGAUCAGAGCCACUCAGUCAAUCCUGCUGCUGGUCAAUACCUUUGUUGGCUUUUCCUCAUUCAGCUCUAUUUUGGUAACUUAUAUGCAUUUUAAAACCCCACCACCUUGGUUGUUACACAGCUCAAACUUUCUGGCUGCCUGUUUCCCAAUUAUAAGUCCAUUUGUGCUCAUCAACACUGACUCUCAAGUUCUAAGGUACUGGCAUGCUCUCUGGGGAACCCCACUUCUUUCAUCUUUCUUGGUGUCCCCAGUGCUUAGCAAAGAACCUAGCUCAUUGUAA